AUGUCAGGCCAUCCGUUCGUGAGCUGCAACCGAAGCGCAGCUGGCUAUUCAAUCAUACUAAUUGAGAUUGCAACACGCUGCGACCUUAUUUCAGUGGACACUGAUCCUGAAAAGACUGAUGUGCUGUGGCGCCCCCCUCUGCCUGAAAUGAGGAAUGGAAAAACAGACAAUGAUUGUCCAAAUCAGGCAGAUUAUUAUGAGCUUAUCAAAAAAUGCUGGCACCAUAACCCUGCUAUGAGGCCUGCAUUCGAGCAGGUUAGGAAGAUGCUGGACAGGAUGAAUCCUCACAAAGUGAGCCCCGUGGACAUGAUGAUGAACCUGAUGGAAAAAUACAGUAAGCACUUGGAAGCAAUUGUAGCAGAGAGGACCCAGGAUCUUCUUCAGGAGAAACAGAAGACAGAUCGUUUGCUGUACAGCAUGUUACCAAAACCAGUAGCGGAUGACCUUCGUCAAGGACGUACAACAGAAGCUCAGAGCUACUCAAACGCGACGGUGUAUUUCAGUGAUAUUGUGGGGUUUACUCAGCUCUCUGGGGCAAGCACCCCACAUCAAGUUGUUGAUUUCCUAAACAAACUCUACACCACAUUUGAUGAUAUUAUUGACAAUUACGACGUCUACAAAGUUGAGACAAUUGGAGAUGCAUAUAUGGUUGUUUCAGGGGUUCCCAAUGAAAAUGGCAUUAACCACGCGGGGGAGAUUGCCAGCAUGGCACUGGAUGUGGUUGAAGUUUGCUAUGCCUUUGAAAUCCCACACAAGCCUGACAUGCAGCUGAAGAUAAGGGCUGGCAUUCAUUCAGGGCCUGUGGUUGCUGGUGUAGUCGGGACAAAGAUGCCUCGGUACUGUUUAUUUGGAGAUACAGUGAAUACAGCAUCAAGAAUGGAAUCCACAAGUGAAGCAAUGAAAAUACAGUGCAGCUGCAGUACUGGAAAACUUCUGAAACAAUUGGGUGGGUAUAUCUUGGGCUUACGUGGAUCCCUCGGUGUUAAGGGUAAAGGUGAAAUGACUACUUGGUGGCUGGAAGGCAAAGAAGUUGACUGUGAUGCAAGAGUGACGACUCUGACUCCUCUAGAAAACACCCCUCCUUACACAGUCCCAGGAUACCUGAGCAACUGAGUACUGGUGAAUCUUACUAUGGGCUGCAUUCAAUAAGAAAAGAUAGUGUCACUGUACGUACACUGUAGCAGUGCCAUAGCCAUUCAACAACAGGUCACUAUAGACAUGGCUAUAGUAGUGUUAUUAUUUUCAUUUAAUUCAGUUCUGUGUAGUUCUCAGCAAAACCAAGCGACAAUGCAAUAAUACUUUGUAAUUAAUGAAUUAUAAUAUGUGGCACAUUUUGCAACAUUAAUAUUGCAUUACUAUAUUUAGUAUCCUUUUAUUUAAAAUAUCUACAUAACUGCACUUUGUAUCUUGUAUUUCAUUGUCGUACAUGCUGCAUUUACACUGCCACCUCAGACCUAAGCCAACUCAGGUCCAACUGAUCAUGGAGAUUCUUAUCAUUUUUCACGUAGCGUUUACACUGCGGUUGUGCCCUGAGCUGGCUUAGGUCCGAAUGCGCACAUACCAUCUGAAUUACAAUACAUGCUCGGUGACGUCAUAACGACCACUGAAGGGAUGACGAGGUUUACCCUCCCCAAACCACAAAGGCAGAAGAGGCAGAGUCAUAAUUGUAUGAUGCAUAAGUCAUUUAUUUUUAAUUAAAAUAUGCUAAGCAGCCACAGGAAUACCAGAGGAAAAACAUUUACUGUAUAAAAUUGCAGUUAACAAAUUUUAUUUUUUCAAAUUAGCCUUGAUACAAAUACUACUACUGCAAAUGAAUAAAUAAUAAUUAUUAUUAUUUGUUAUAUAAGUACACUAUCUAAAUUGUUUGUAAUUAUUUAAAACAUUUAAUAACUUUUAAAAAAAAUGAAAUGACAGGGAAUGCAAAUUAUUAAAACAAUCUAUAUUUAAAACUUAGGACAUAACAUGUAAAACGCAAUUCUGUAACAGAUCAACUAUAAAUCAAACAGUGCAGAGGGGGGCUUGCACAGAUCUUAUCCCAGACCUGCCGCUAUUUCUUGGUAUAUAUAUUUAUUUUGUGUUUCCGCGUAGAGUGCAUUCUGGAUCUGAGUUUCACCCCUCAACGUUAUGACAGCUCUACUUUCUUACCCUCCCUAGUUCACACCACGGUUGUCAGAAACAAACAAACCAAAAAAAAAUUGUAAAAAAAUAUAUAUUCUAUGUUUGUAAGCUAAUCAUUGGUACAAUCAAAAUAUUUAUUUAAAUAACAAUAAAAACAAACAACAAAAAGACGGUGUGUUAAAAGCGUUUUUGAAACUAAGCCAAUAACUAUUUAUUUAUUAGCAGACGCCCUUAUCCAGGGCAACUUACAAUUGUUACAAGAUAUCACAUUAUUUUUUACAUACAAUUACCCAUUUAUACAGUUGGGUUUUUACUGGAGCAAUCUAGGUAAAGUACCUUGCUCAAGGGUACAGCAGCAGUGUUCCCCACCGGGGACUGAACCCACAACCCUCCAGUCAAGAGUCCAGAACCCUAACCACCUCUCCACACUGCUGCCCUGGAUAAGGGCUUCUGCUGAGAAAUAACUGGGAAAAACACAAUCCAGGAUAGUUUUUGUAUAAUUUUUUUUUUGAUAGCAUAUUUUAAAAUAAUACUGAUAUACUCAACAAUUACCUUUUGUUUCUUUGAAGUCCACCGGUGUCUGCAGCUGUUUAACAAAGCUCGUUACCGUUAAAAGUUUACAUAGUGCAAUGUAUGGAUAUUUGGGGUAUGUACACUUUUGACAACAACUUAAUAAUAAAACGUAGAUAUUUACAAAUACUCCCCAAUGUAAACAGUUAAUAAAUUCAAAUAUUCAGGACGCUCGUGUCUCAAAUCGUCGUUCUCUUUUUGUGACGCUGCAACGGCACUGCAGCUUCAUCCUGUUUAGAUUCCAUGGGGGAGGAGCCGAGCGGCACUCACGUCGUGCGUGAGCCGUCCUGAAGUCGGGUGACUUUACACUGCCUUUCGGAUGGACCUAAGCUGGUGCUGAGCCACGUCUUUAGUUGGCCAUUUAUAUAGGACAGCUGAGAGUAGGCCGUGUGCGUUUACACUGCAGAAAAAAGACCUGAGAUGGCCCAAAGCCGUCCUAAAAAUGGCCAGUGUAAACGCAACAAUAGUAGCUACCGAUUUUAAGGCACAGCUUCAUAUAAUAAAAUAUUAACUCAAGUUACUUGUUUACUGUACUCAAAGGGAUGUGAAAAUACUGCACAAGACAGUUCACAGAAUAGUCCCUCCAUUGUUGGUAAUUAAGUGUGUCCAUGUGUUUUACUUCAACACACUUGUUUAUGAGGACUUAUAAUACAUUAAUUUCAUACUGUAUAUCUUACAUUGAAUGCAGUGAUAUCUACCAUGUACAAACUUGUUGGAAACAAAAUAUCUUUGGGAAAGUACAGUCUAUUAAAAGUGCAGUCAUACAUAAUUUUAAUUUUACAAUACAGUUAAUGCUCAAAUCUAAUACAACAAAAUGACUGUUAGAGCCAAUAAUAUACUAAUCAGAACUGCAUUCAGAGUGCGAUAUACUGCAUUCACUGCUAAUAGCUUAAAACAACCUUAGUAACAAUACAUUACAAGAUCAUGUAGAACUAAUCUGUUAUUAA